AUGAGCCAGCGCAGAAUCGACCUAACACAGCUCCAGCCGCAGCAACUUGCCGAGAUCCGCAAAAGCACAGAACUGGAGAUCCAGCACUUCACCCAAUCUCUCCAGGCGCUUCAGACGGCCCAGUCCAAACUUCAAGAUUGUAUCAACACCGUCAACCAGAUGGAAGCCUCCACCAACGACUCCUUGCUUGUUCCCAUGACAAGCUCAUUGUAUUUGCCUGGAAAAAUCGCCAGUAAGGACCAUUAUUUGGUGGACAUUGGAACAGGCUAUUUUGUGGAGAAGGACGCUGCUUCUGCGGUGCAAGUGUACAAGAAGAAAAUCACCAAGUUGGAGACCGACUCGAAGAAAUUGAAGGAGAUUUUGGUGCAGAAGAACGACGCCAUCAACAACAUCAACAUGGUUUUGCGGAAGAAGGUGAUUGAGCAGGAGAAAAGCUGA